AUUUUCAUUUUCUAAACCGGAACUGCUAUAUUUAGCCAUUCCAACUUGCAUCAGAAAGCAUGGCAGGCGAAGAAGAGGAGCAGACAAAAACUCUUCAACCUCACUUAUCGAAACAGGAUAUAAAAACUCUGAACAUAGGCAGAUUAACACCUCUUACACCAGAAGUCAUUAGUAGACAAGCCACGAUUAACAUUGGUACCAUUGGUCAUGUAGCUCAUGGUAAAUCUACAGUAGUCAAGGCCAUAUCUGGGGUGCAGACUGUCAGAUUUAAGAAUGAACUGGUCAGGAACAUCACCAUUAAACUUGGAUAUGCCAAUGCAAAGAUAUACAAGUGCAACAAUGAAGCAUGUCCCCGCCCUGGAUGUUACCGAUCCUGUGGAAGCUCAAAAGAGGACAAUUUCCCGUGUGACAGACCAGGAUGUUCAGGCAGAUUCCAAGUCCAACGACACGUAUCCUUUGUUGAUUGUCCUGGUCACGACAUUCUUAUGGCCACCAUGUUGAACGGAGCAGCUGUCAUGGAUGCUGCAUUACUAUUAAUAGCUGGCAAUGAAUCUUGUCCCCAGCCCCAGACCUCGGAACACUUGGCUGCAGUGGAAAUCAUGAAACUCAAACACAUCCUGAUCCUUCAGAACAAAAUUGAUCUGGUCAAGGAAAGUCAGGCCAAGGAACAGUAUGAACAGAUCUUGGCUUUUGUCAAAGGAACCAUUGCAGAAGGUGCCCCCAUCAUACCAAUCUCAGCUCAGCUAAAGUACAAUAUUGAUGUUAUUUGUGAAUAUAUUAUUAAAAAGAUCCCAGUACCUUUACGAGACUUCACAUCAGAACCCAGACUAAUUGUCAUUAGAUCUUUUGACGUCAACAAACCAGGUAGUGAAGUUGACGAUCUCAAGGGAGGUGUGGCUGGAGGAAGUAUUCUAAAGGGUGUUCUAAAAGUUGGACAAGAAAUAGAAGUGAGGCCGGGCAUUGUGGCAAAGGAUCAGGAUGGAAAGUGGGCAUGUAAACCUAUCAGAUCCAAGAUUCUGUCGCUGUUGGCUGAACAGAAUGAUUUACAGUAUGCAGUGCCAGGAGGGCUUAUUGGUGUUGGUACGAAGAUUGACCCCAUGUUAUGUAGGGCAGACAGAAUGGUGGGACAGGUUCUUGGAGCGGUCAAUGCUCUCCCUGACAUCUACACAGAAAUCACCAUCUCUUUCUUCUUAUUGAGGCGACUCCUUGGAGUGAAGACGGAAGGAGAUAAGAAGGGAGCCAAGGUUCAAAAACUGUCAAAGAACGAAGUUUUGAUGGUAAAUAUUGGUUCCUUGUCUACCGGAGGGCGUGUCAUUGCAGUCAAGGCUGAUUUAGCUAAAGUUGGAUUAACUAACCCAGUAUGUACAGAAAUCGGAGAGAAGAUCGCUCUCAGUAGACGUGUGGAGAAACAUUGGAGAUUGAUUGGAUGGGGACAGAUUCGACAGGGAAUUAAAGUUAACCCAAUCGGACAGGACGACUGAUAACUACAUUUGUAGCGUAAAUUACUACGCUUGGAUCUACAUAGUGGUCAUGGGAAUGAUGUUCAAGAGAUGCAUCUUUGCCAUGCUUUACUUGAAAUGGACAGCCUCAGAAUACACCUUAUGGUGCAUUGUUAAAUUAUUUACUCCGACUUUCAUUACAUCUGUUGUACAAUAUUGUAAUGUAUUAAAAGUACAAAUGAU